UUGUUCUGCAAUUUAUAAACAUCGUCACAAACAAUCAUAGGGUCAAACUAAUUAACAUUUACAUGUUAAAGAAUGAAGUGAAAAAAUUAACAAGGAGUACAUUUUCUCGAAUGUUUCGGACUAUUUAGUAAUAUAAAUGUAAUGACAACAAAGAGAAAUUAAAGUGAAAUAGUGCGCAGAAAAAAGAAAUAACGUAGUCCUGGAACAUGAGCGGUUGACAAGACGUCGCGACCAUAAUUAUACAGAAAAUAAAAGCAAUAAACACGAUAAAAUGACGGAGAAAAGAUCACUGAAUAGUCUUAUAAUACAUCCGAAUAUCGAACCAGGAGUUAUUGAUAAUGCUAUGAUAACUAGAUGUAUUCUUGAAUAUGGUCCCAAAGAAGAAGCUGGUAGAUUAUUCGCGGAAGAAGGGGUUCAUCUUGAUGAAGCACCAAUUGUUCGAUUGGAAUUCCAAAACAUUCUGAGAAUCGACCACCUUUGGAUGCUAACAUCUCUGAAGAAACUAACAUUAGCCCACAAUCAGAUAGAGAAAAUAGAAAACCUUGAUAAACUAACAGGUCUCAUUGAAUUAGAUCUUUCUUUUAAUAAAAUUGAAAGAAUUGAAAAUUUAGAAGAACUUGUGAAUAUUGAAGUUCUUACUUUAUUCCAUAACAAAAUCCGAAAACUAGAGAAUAUGGAGGCUCUAGAAAAACUGCUUGUAUUUAGCAUCGGAGAUAACUAUAUUGAAGAUUUCAAAGAGAUGGCAUAUUUGCGAAAAUUCAGGAACCUUCGUUCAGUUAGUUUUAAAGGAAAUCCAUGUUGUGACGACCCUAUGACUUACCAGUUCCUUAAAGCUGCAUUGACCAGAGUCACAUACCUCGAUUACAAAACAGUCACUGAGGAAGAAAGAGAGAACGGUAGAGCUUUAUUCAGAGGCUUAUUGCGGAAACUAGACGAAGCAGAUGAAAAGACUGAAAAGGAAUGGAUAGCUAAACAGGAAUAUGAUGCCAGAGUGGAGUUUUAUGCGCUUUCCUUUGUAGAAUACCUCAGUGGCCCAGAACUGAUAGAAUCAAUGUUCGAGAAGGAUCCGGAUGGAAGUCUGCUGCUGAAAGUGGGAGGCGAACUUAUAGGAUUUUAUGAACAGUACAAAGACCAGUAUGUGGAGACCAUGGCAGGCUUGGUGGAAUUCGCACAAGGAGCUUAUAAUACCCGACAGAGCGAAAUAAAGCUGUUUAAAGAUUUGGUCGAUAAUGCUUUGGCAGAUAGCGUUCAAAAAAGUAAAACGGUUCUAGAAGAGUUUGAAAAGAAGAAGCAACCACUAGUGGCCCAAAUGAAUGAACUCAUCAAUAAAUUUACUACAAAGCAAGCCACCAUUGAAGACUUGGAGCCAAAAAUAAUGGACCUCGGGGAGGCAUUCAAUGAAGUUCUUUAUGAAUUGUGGAAGGAUCUUAUGACAAUCGAAAUGCGGCUUUAUGAACAAUGUGAGGAAUCCCGAGUACAAUUCUCUGUGAACAUGACAGAGAUGAUUACAAAAUUACUAGAAGUAUCACGUAACGCCUUCGGAGCGUGGCGCGAGACCGAAGGCCUAUGGUCGAUGCGGCAGUUUGAAUCGCUAUCAAAAUUGCUGGGUAACAAGAUCAUGUUGGGAGAUGCGCCGCCGGAAUUGUUCGAGGUGAUGAUGGACCGCGAUAUGAUGAUGAAUCUGGUUGCGCAGUCAUCAGAUAAUCACAUGAGGUUUAUAGACGCGAGAGAAGACCUCCUCAUGACCCGAGCAAACCAAUGGCGCGAUGAUUUGGUUCAGGGUACUAAUGACAACGAGAUCAAACGGAACAGGGACAGGAUCCUCGAAAUAAACUAUUUCAUUGACAAUCAGAGAGAGGAAUGGACGGACAUGCAGAUGGGUCUGACGGAAACUGUCGACCCUGAGACCGCGGCGUUACUUGGCGAUGAUUUGUAUUGAACUACAAAAGAUUUCUGAAUGAUGUGUUCUCAUCAUCGGUUUUCGGCAUUCACCGCACUGAUAAAUAUCGGGGGAAAAGAUAGAUAUGAAUGAAAUAAAAUACCUACUUGUG